AUGUCGACUAGCACUCAAAAUUUUGAGAUCUUCAUAGAAAAUUUGCCUCUUGGUCUUUCAAGUAUGACAUUGUUUACUCUUUUUGGGGAGGCUGGGCAUGUGCGGGGUGCUGUGAUAACUCUUGGUGAUGUUCCUGAACAAAGUUAUGCAUGUAUAACCAUGAGUACAGCUGAAGAAGUUGAGAAGGCUCUGAACACGUUCAGUGGCUAUGAAUUAGAUGGAAAAUUGCUGAGUGUGAGUAAGGAGAAACCAGUGAGAGAAGAGCCCAAGAAGCAAACAAUUCCUCGCGCAUAUAGUUCAACUUCAAAAAAUAUUAUAUGCGUUUCGAACUUGCAGAAGGAUAUUGAAAAUGGGCGGUUGGAAGAAAUGUUCAGUAAAUAUGGUAAAGUUGAAGAUGUUGAAAUAAGUUACUCAAGAUUUGGUCAAACAAGUGCUUAUGUUAUAAUGACCAAUGAGACUGAUAUGGAUGACGCCAUUGCUGCUCUUAAUGGUCAUAGUUUGGAUGGAGGUGUAACCACAUUGGAUGUUUAUCCGUUUAGGCGCAAUACUAAGGACUCUUAUGAAUGA